AUGUGCGCCUACCGUCUGCUCCUCACCGCCGCCAUGUGCGCCCUCUUCACAUCGUCGUGGGGGCAAACGUGCGCCGACGGCGCGACGACCGGCCCCUGUGGUGCCGGCCUGCUGCCGUGUGCUACUGGCACGACGUGUGUGGGCCCCUCGGAUAACCAGUUAUGCUGUCCCACUGGUUCUGUCAUUCAGGCCACAUCGACUACAGUUGCGAGAACGACGCGAAAAACAGCCUGUGUUGACAAGAUCAACCCGCGCGCCGGUGUGUCGGAUUGCCCGGCUCGUGCUGCCGCCGGUUAUUGCACCAGGAAGUACUACAAGUCGUUGAUGAAGCAGCAGUGCCCGAAAUCUUGCAACUUCUGCACCUCGAGCUCCAACAACUCUGGCUCCAGCUCUUCCUGCGCCGAUCUGACGAACCCGCGCACCGGAAAUUCCGACUGCCCGAGGCUGUCCUACCUGUGCUCCAACUCCCAGUACCAGAGCAUCAUGGCCGUCCAGUGCCGCAAAACGUGCGGCCUUUGC